UAUUUUUUUUUUACUUUAGAAAUAAUAUAGUAGGAAAACAAAGAUUUUAAGAUUUUUUCCUAUGAAACAUGAAUCGAAUUUGCCGGACAUGUUUUGACCCUGGAGAAAAACUUGUUGGAUUGUGUGAUAUUGUUGUGGAAUCUAAAAGUUUUCUGGAUUUAUUAAGGGAAAUAGCAAAUUUACAGAUUUCAAUAGACGACCCGUUGCCGAAAACUAUUUGCAAUUUAUGCUCUACUAGCGUCAAAAACGCUUAUGAAUUUGUAACAAGGGCGCAUGAGGCAAAUGAAAAGUAUUUAAAAUUAUUGGCUAUUGAUGGUGGGGAUGCCGACCCUCUGGAUGAAAACAAUCUGUUAUCGGAUUGUUUGGAGGAAUCAGCUAUAGACAUACCUGUUGCACAGUAUUUAGGUGAUAUCAAAUUAGAAGUUGUUGGAGACCAAUAUGGCAUGCUGUUGUUGGAUAAAGAGCCUCCUGGAUCUAGUUGUCUCACAAAAGACGACACGGAUAAAGGGAGUGAUGACGAUGAAAUGCCUCUGACUGCCAGCAAUAAAACUUUAAAAACCGACCAAACUCUGUACGAUAGUUGCGCCGAUGAUACAUUCGGUUACGACGAAGAAAGAUUCUUGAAUGCUAGCGAAGAUGGCAAUGCAAAUGAGUAUGAAGACGAUGACGAUUCCGCAUACAAUCAGUCAUCCUCUGAAGGAAGUUACCAACCACGUAAAAAAAUUAAAAAGGAAUCAGAAGGAGAAAAGACGGUUAAAAAGCGCAGGGUUAGGCGGCAGCUUCCGCCAUAUUUUACAAAAAUUAAGGAUAUAGGCGAUAGAUAUGGUUGCUUCAUGUGCGACAAAACCUUCUCACAGCGUAAGGAUUGUGGGCGACAUAUUGCUUCAAUACAUUUGAAAGAAAGUACAUUCCUCUGUGAAUAUUGUCCAGAAUACUUUAAUCGGAAAGAUAAAGUGCGACAUCAUAUGAAACGCAUGCAUCCCGAUAAACCAAGGGCACAGGAAAUAGAAGAGAUCUCUCAAAACCAGCAAAACAAAGAUGAAUCGUCCUCGGAAGAUGAGACGAGCCAAAAGCCUAACGCGGACAAUAACACAGGGAAACGUAGAGUUGGGCGUCGGGCUCCGGAAUACUUUAACAAAAUAAGACAAGUUAAUGAUCGAUUUCAAUGUAUUUUGUGUGAAAAGACAUUUUCAUUGCGCAAAGACUGUGGCCGCCACAUUGCCUCUAUACAUUUACGAGAAACUACAUUCUCCUGCGAAUAUUGUGGCCAACAUUUUGGGCGGAAAGAUAAAGUGCGACAUCAUAUAAAGCGGAUGCACUCCGAUAAUUGCGUAUAUCCAAAGGGCAAGCGCAGAGAAUGGAUGUUCGGCGACCGCCUUUACAGUAAGCCUACAAGUUGGCUACUUGUGGAAUGUAAACUUUGCAAUAUUCAAUUCAGCACAACCAAAGAGUUGAGGGCACAUCUGGGAACUCACAGAUGCGUUGAUUCCCUGAUUCAUUUGAAGAUGGAUAGUGAUAUUGUGACACAUUUAUUCCCCAAUGUUAUUAGUUUGCUGAGUGUCAAGGAACAUAUUUGCAAAGAUAUCGAAGACGGAAACUGGUUCAAGUACUAUGCUGUGUUGAAUGAACAUUCAUUUGAAAUGUCCAUAAGUGAUACAGAAGUCGAGGAUCUGUAUGCGGAAAAUAGUGCCGAUUAUCCUAACUACAAAUGUGAACUAUGUGGAUCAGCAUUCUGCUUUCAGUAUGAAGCAUUUAACCAUUUAAAGGAAGCGCACGGAAGCGACGAAAUGCCUUCUAAGUGUGGUCUCUGUAAACUGGAAUUCAUAUCAUCGAAAAUGUUUGAUCGACACUCCGAGGUGCACUGUCGCAACCGAAAUAAGGUGUUAUUGUGUACCAGAUGUCCGGCUAAAUUUGUUUGGCCGGACAAUAUGAGAAAUCAUAAUUGUGCUACCAAGCCGGAAGUUGUCAUCGAAAGGGAAAUCCUAAAAUGUCAUAUAUGUGGUCGACCAUUUGAGGUGAAAACAAAAUUGCUUAAACAUUUAGAAAGACACAAUCUUGAGAACAAUCCAACCAAACCAAUAAUUCGAUGUGGCCUCUGUGUACAAUCCUUUGACAAACUUAAAUUUCUUCGUGAGCAUAUAACACAGCAUUCAGAUGGUGUGACAGGAAUAGACUUUCAAAAUGGAAUUUACUUCAAAAGAUUUGAACGUUCGAAGACUCAUGAUCGCGCCCUUUUACAACAAGAAAUACACAAUGCUUUUGAAAAGUCGCAAAUUAGUCGUCUUUAUCGGGCCAUCGACAAGGACGGCAUGGAAAUGGAUAUACAUGAUUCGGAUAGUGGAACAGAAGAAGAGACAUUGACCUACAAGUGUGAACUAUGUUUUAUGUUGUUUAACCGGAGGAAGCACUUGCUCAACCACCAAUUCGAAGCCCACAGCGACGUUCCCCUUCCAUAUGCAUGCAAAGACUGCACGAAACAGUUUGUCAGUCAGGAUUUACUACAGCAACAUUUGUACAGAGACUGUUGGAAUGAACAUCGACGAGUGGCCCAACAAUGCGAGUACUGUAAUGCUCGAUUCAUAUGGCCCAACAAUUUGCUAAAACACAAAGAUAUAAAGCAUAAACAUCAAAAGCAACCUAGGCCAAAACGUGCUAGCACUUUGAAGUGCGAAUAUUGCGAAAAAGUGUUUAUAUGGCCCAAAGACUUGGUGCGACAUCGAAAAACUCACACAGAGGGUAAAAAAUUCGGUUGUCCACAUUGCGAUCGCAAAUUUCAGCGGAAGGAUAAUCUCCUGGCUCACAUACGUACUCAUGACCCGGAUGGUAUAACACUGCUUCCCAACUCUAGCAAGGCUAUCAACCACAUCUUACCACACCUGACCAAUCCACAUGGAUGUAAAAGAAUCAAAUGCAUGAUAUGUUAUUCGGAGCACAAUCGCAUAUACGAUUUACGUUCUCAUUUGCGCUCUCACCAAUACUCAAUAAAUUUUGAAAAACGCAAAGAGUCAGAGAGCAUUGCUUUUAUAUCAAAGCAGCUGUAUCCUCAAGUGCUGGCGAUGGACGAAGAGCAUUUGACAAAAAAAAUUUCAUCGGAUAUCAUUGCCGAACGUAGUUUGGAGCGUUUUUACUCGAUAACCAAUGAACAUGGUUUUGAGGUUAGUUUGGACAGUUCGGAAACUGAAAGCGAUUCGGAUGAUGAGAAAGCGGAGAAGAGCGUUGAUGCCGACAAUCCGGAAAAUAGCAUAAAAUUGGUCAAAUCUAGACGCACAUAUACCUGUGAUUUGUGUCCGCAAAUGACAUUCGAUCGCAAAUACAAGGUCUAUGAACAUCAUAACAGUUUGCACAAGUGGGAAGAUGGUCGACACUUUUGCCUACAUUGCAAUGCAAGAUUUUUGUCGUCACACAUGUUGGAAUUGCACUACAAAAAUCAAUGCAAAAAUACGAAAAAACGUCACUUUUGUCGGCAGUGUCCACUGCGCUUUAUGUGGAAAAAUAACCUUAAGACUCACAUCGCAAUGGAACAUCCACAGUAUCAGCCAAAAGAGGUCGAUCAUCAUGCAUCCUUCAAAAUCUGCUAUUUUUGCCAGAGUAAAUUCUGUACCAACAAAGAGCUCAGACAGCACAUGACUUUAAACCACGCCACAGAAACAGAGCUGCGCUACUGUUUCCUGUGUCCGAAAACCUACUACAAAGUGGACCAGCUUAAUGAACACUUAUUGCGCCAACAUAAUAUCCCUUCCGACUACGUGAGCUCUAUCGAAAGUAUAACACAAUCAUUGUGUUCCAAUGGAAAGAAGGAGAUUCAAUGCAAAAUAUGUGCUCUACAGUUCCCAACAAUGUCUGAGCUGGCUGUUCAUUUCUCACCUACAAAUCCGCAGAAUAUGUGCUCAGUGGAGCACUCUAUAGCCAACUACUCCAUAACAAACCAAAAAGGUUUCGAAUUAAACCUGGUGCUGGAUUCGGAGACUGAGUCGGAGGAGACCUCUACGAAGGGGGGAGACCAAAAGGAAAAUCCAACGAAAACUUGCAAGCCCUAUACGUGUUCCAUAUGCAAUGUAUCAUGUGAUCGUAAAUUCCAAAUGGUUCACCAUCAACGGUCUAUGCACAGCUAUGAACACUUGAAUCUAAAAUGCGAAAAUUGUAUUUUUAAAACAUCUUGCGAGAAACUGUUGCAGUACCAUAUGGCGACCCAAUGUUUUAAUGUGGAGAAACAAUUUCAGUGCGACAUUUGUAAAUUUAAAUUCAUGUGGGAGGAGAAUUUGCAAAACCACAUUGCCAUUUGUCAUCAACCGUCAUCAGCGGCGGACGAUGAUCACGCCGACCUAAAGCCUCCGGAAUGGAUAGACAACAGAAACGACACCAACAUUUUUGAGUGCAUGGAAUGUCAUCGACGUUAUAAUCGCAGAGAUCGCUAUAAAGCACAUUUCAAAAAAUUCCAUAGUGACCUUUCUAAUCUAGAUGAAUCGCUAAAGAUAAAGGAGCGUGCAAAAGGAUUACCAAGCAAGACCAAGAAUUUCUUGUGUGCAUUUUGUGGUGUUUCUUUCUCGAACAACUCAAAUUUGACCGUACACAUGCGGCGACACACUGGCGAGAAGCCUUUCAAAUGCGAUCUUUGUCAAAUGGCGUUCCCUCGCUCGUCCGACCUGCAGUCUCACCGUCGCACCCAUACUGGCGAAAGACCGUAUAAAUGCGCACAUUGCGACAAAUCAUUUUCACGCCAAUACAAGCUCAAUGUCCAUAUGCGUAUCCAUACUGGCGAGCGGCCGUACACGUGCACGUACUGCGGAAAAAGUUUUACGCAAUCCAAUGAUUUGACGCUGCACCAUCGACGUCAUACUGGCGAACGGCCUUACGUAUGUGACAUAUGCGGCGAAGGCUUCAUUUGUGCUACAUCCUUGAAACAGCACAGAAAUUCGAAAGGCCACUUGGAGCAUGUCGCAGACACCGAAGAAGAUCGAGUCAAGCAAUUAACUCAUUUUGAAAUGAAUUUUUAAUUUGAGUUACUCAUACUCUGGUCCUCGAUAAAUAUGGAUAACUUAAGACUUUUUCAUUUUAAUUAUUAUAUUGCAUGCUACCAACUAAUCUUAAAUUAAUCAUAAAAAAGAAAUGAGCACAGCUACAAUCCUUUACGAGGGCUUUGGAGAAUUAAAUGUUAAGCAAGCCGUUUUUCCCCGCUAUUGCAGGCAGAAAAUGUGACGGGAAACGAACUUUCCAAACAAUUUCUCAAAUUUGCUAACAAUACCCUUGUAAAAUUAAUAGUCUUAGUAAUAGGACUGCAGCGCACGAUCCUUCGGCGGAUAGUCUAAGCCAAUACUAUAUGAAAAAAAAUUAAUUCGUAAUUUAUUUGUCGUAAGCCAUACAAUUAAUUUUAUAAUCCAAAAAUUGCAUAGAAAACGUAUAAUAGAUACACGAGUACGUGUAAUAAAUAAACACUUCAAAAUUAAAUUGUAGCACCUUUGCUCCUGUUCUACAAGGUGACAAAUGAGCACCACACAGGCUGGAAUAUUGAGGUCCGAUCUGUGUGGGGUUCAUUGCUGCGACGAGAAGUGGAAUGCUCCAUACAGAUUAGCAGGAAGUGAUUGUAAUUUUUUUAAAAAUUGAUUGCCUAAUUUUAAAAUGUAUUAAAAAUCUGUUCCCUUUUGCGUAAUUAAGAACAAUGCAACAAAAUCAAACCAAAGUCAUAAAUUCAAUUAAAA